UUAGUACAUGGAAUCCGCACGAGUUCCAUCUUCAAUUUCGUAUGGAUAUCACCCGGCAGGAAGCGCAGGACAUCGUCGCCCAAACUGAGGGUGAUGAUGCUGUGAUCGAGCAGUUUCACGAGGUCUGCAAUGAGAGAUUUAGUUACACUUCAUCUAUCAGAUUUUACAAGAUCGAUAUCGUGCUCCGCAAUGCAUCAUACCUUCUUGCUGCCGCUCCCAAGACGCCUGGCUCUAAACCAGUCUCGGUGAUGCAACCACUCUCCCUUGACACAAUUCGCGAUCUCCUCUCAGAAAUCUCCAAUAACACCAAACUGCCUGUACCAGAACUCAGAAACUUCGAUGAUUCCCUCGCACGUUAUCCAUUUCAUUAUCUCUUCUUCCGCCUGCCUUCACAAAACGCCCAGUCCCUCUCAUCGCUGCGAUCGAGUAGCACUCUCACACCAUCUCAAGACGCUCUUCUGGACCUUCAGUUAGGAACCUUCAUCCAUUCUCUGCACUCACUCCAAAACGAUUGGUUCGGUAUCCCAGGAGUCCAACCAGAUGAGGAAGUAUGCUACAGCUGGCAGGAUACAUUCAUGUUGCUCCUUGAUGGGCUGUUAUGCGAGCUUGAAAGCUCCGGAGAGAUACAAAGGACGUUGGUAGAAGACAUAAGGCGAUAUCUAUCCCGCGCCAUCGGGUCAUUUUUAUUUGAGGACGCAGAAGUGCCUACAUUGGUCUGGCUGACAGGUUCGGCGGACGAUGUGUAUGUCCAAGUUUCAGAGCCUUGUGGACCGAACCAAGAAGCUAGAGUGGACAUUGCAUACGUGCUGCCGACAUUUGAUCGGGUAGUGUGGGGAGACCCGAUGUUGGAGGCAUUUUUUAUGCCACCAGGGCCGAGCAAGGCGUUGGAAGAAGGGUAUUUGGAAGGAGAGGGCGGAACGUUGAUCGUUUUCCCGAGGCAGAGAACGAAGAGGAUGUGGUACACGCUGUUCUCAGCUCUAGUUGUACUGGUCGAAGUUAGGAGAGAUAAGGAGAAGGGGGGAGGGGAUAAUCGAACGCAUCCAAAGUUCUAUUGGGCAAGGGAGAUCCUCCCAAGAUGCGUUGAGGCAUUGAAGGAUGCGCCCUGUCACUAGAAUGAUACAGUGAAGUCCUGUAACUCUAGAGUUUAGUUAUACGUAGAGUCAAAACAUAGAUGUCAUACCUAUAUCAUGACGAAGCAUUAGCAGGGCCCAUUUCAACAUCUACUAGU